GGAUCAGGGAAAAAACAGAGUUACCAAGCAGAAGGACUGUCAUUAUCAUAGACAUAUAGCAAUGGCGGUGACUGAAGAUAAAAAAACCGACCACCUCAUUGAGUUGAUGGAGAUGGACGAUAAAUUGUCGAAAAUCAGAUCUCAAGCCAACUCUAAGCUAGAUAAUCAAAAGAAGUUAGCAGUGGUGUUACUGACAAUCGAGGAAAACUUAAAGGAACAAAAACAGAACACAACCCCAAUUACAUACUUUGUUUCUUUCCUCACCUUACUUGAUCAAUGUUGUGUUGAUGAUGAAAUCAAGGAUUUGGACCUUGCAACAUGUGCUCUCUAUUUCCUUGAUUUGAUUGCUCCUUAUGCUCCUGCUAAGCUGUUGAAGUCCAAAUUCAGUGAUAUAUUGGUGAGAGUUGCACCAGCACUCACAAAUGGAUCUGCAGACGCUCCAUUGGUCAGGUCUAGCAUUGGAUUUUUGGAAUCGCUUCUACUCGCACAAGACUUGAAGUCUUGGAGCAAUCCCGGCAACUAUAAGGUCUCGCCAAAAAGAGCCUUGUCUGCCCUCUUAGACCUCUCUUUGGAUCCAAGACCAAAAGUCAGAAAAAGAGCUCAAGAAGCUAUCUUGAAGAUAUUGGAGAACAUUCCAAACGCAAAUUCUGCCAAAGGGAAGCAAAAUGAACAUCCAGCCGCUAUCUACUCAAGUGAGUUUGCUUUGAACAAUUUGAUCACUUUGAUCAAUAAUUCUCAGUCAGGAAAGAACUCAACAGAUGCAAAGGAAAAAAACCCUCAAAUAAUACACAACUUACAGUUGAUCACUUCCAUCACCUCUACAAAUUUAUGGCCUUUGAAGCAAAUCUCCCCGCUCUACGAUGUGUUGUUGGAAAUCUGCAAAAGUGCAGAUCAAUACCUUGUCUCUUCUGUCUUUAAAGCCUUUGAAGGUAUGUUCAAAUCGAUGACAUACGAAAUGGACUCCAAAAAGUUUAUUCACAUUUUAGAUAUCAUAUUCGAUUUGCAACCUGCAUUGAAUGACCCGCACCUAGCACCUUCUUGGCUUGCAGUAAUUGCAAAGGCAGUAUGCUCCUUUGCAACAAAUAUUAACUCUUUAGAGAUCUUUUUAAAGCUACCUCAGAUCUUUAAGUCCGUUGGUGGUUAUCUUUUGAGUGAAAAUUUGGCUAUCUGUGAAAGUGCAUCUGAAUGCUUGAUUGCUAUAGUUACCGAUGGUAUCCAAGACAAAGAUCUUCUUCUCCCACCUCUAGUUGACUCUAAAACUUUUGAACAAGUUGAUGAGGUGAUUUCUAGUUUGGCAGAAAUCACCACUGAUUUCAUGACUGUCAAAUACAGACACUGUGCUAAACACGUUUGUGAAAUCAUAUUUGGCCUUUUCGAGAAGCUAAGACAAAGAGCUAAUCCAGACUUCUUGCCUCAUUUGGAAUUAAUUGGUAACUGGAGAUCCAAUGAGCAAGAAGGCUUUGAAUUGAACGAGGUCUCAGAGAAGGUGAUUGCAAGCGCAAUCUCUGCGCUUGGUCCUGAAGUUGUUUUACAGAUUUUGCCGUUGAAUUUGACAAACUCCAAAAAGAUAGGUAGAGCUUGGCUGUUACCAAUACUAAGAGAUAAUAUCAAGGCUGCUGAGCUGAACUAUUAUAUUAAAAACAUCUUACCGAUCACAGAAUUUUUCAAAGAGAAGGUUCAAAAUGGUGAUGAGAACUCUGUGAAUACUAAAAUCUUUGCUACUAUAAUUGAUCAAAUCUGGUCGUUGUUACCAUCUUUCUGUUACUUGCCAACAGACUUGCAAUCAGCUUUUUCCGAUGAAUUUGCGGCUCGUGUUUCGAGCUUGUUAUAUGAAGAAGUUCAGUUAAGACCAGUUUUGUGUCAUUCGUUGAAAAAUCUUGUCAUGUCCGAAGAACUCAGGGCCAAAGAUACCGACUCUGAUGACGUGAUUCUCAAUCAGACAUUUCCUUGUUCAAAGGCAGUGUCCGAUAUCGAAUACUUGUCUACAACAAAAGCAAACAAGCUUCUUUCGGUUCUAUUCAAUGUUUUCACCCAAAUCCCAAUGGAUCAAAGAAACUACGUUGGUGAUGCAAUUGAAGUGUAUUUCAAGAUCUCCAAAUCCGAAGAUAUGUUGGCCACGUUUAACAAGGUCAGUGUCCUUCUUAGAAAAGCUUUAGAUGAUGAACGUAAAAACGGUACCUUAACAAAGGAAGAUAACUCUAAAAACCAUGAUAGGAGCAAAAACCAUACUCCAAAGUUGUCUGUGACAAUGAUGGAUUUGAUUGUAAUGAUGACUAAAUUCAUUCCAAAAGAAUCUCACAAUGCACUACUUACUAUUUUCAAUGAAACUGUCAGAAUCGCAAACUCUCAAAUUCAGAAGAGAGCUUAUCGUAUCAUCACGAAGUUAUUAGAUAUUGAAGGCAAUGAUGACGUUGUUUCUUUGAUUUCAAAUAUCGUUCAAGUUUUCGUUGAAACAUCCACCAUUGUUUUACCUUCCGCUAGACCCCAAAGACUUGAAGCUUUAGAAAGAUUAAUUCAAUUGCUUCCACGGGAUUCUUUGCAUUUCAUUACAGGUAUUUUAUCCGAGGUCAUCGACUCUACCCGAAGCGCCAAUGAAAAGACGAGAACUACAUCCUUUGCAUUGAUGGUUCAAAUUGGUAAGAAGUUCAAGGAGUACCAAGGUGAAAUCAUCAGAAAUACAUUGAUUGACCCUGAGAUUCCAGAUUCUCAAGCGUCCAUUCAGGAACUUUUCUUAAUGUGCUGUGCCGCUGCAGGACCUGAAAUUCCGCAUCAACGUAGUGCAGCAAUCACUGCACUAUCCUGUAUAUUUUACGAAUUUCAUGAAGACCUUGAAGUUUCAUAUCAGAAGGAGCUAAUGCAGUUUGUGGAGGUGUUCUUACACCAGCACAAUAGGGAAGUCAUCAAACCUACUCUAGGUUUCAUAAAAAUUGCAAUUUUGUCUUUGCCAGAAGAAGAAGUUUUACCAGAAUUGAAGGGAUUAUUGACUGAGUUGAUGGUAAUCAACAACAAGCACAAAAACCAUUUCAAGUCCAAGAUUAAGCAUCUCCUUGAAAGACUGAUUAGGAGAUUUGGUUUUGAUGUCAUCGACAACAACAUUCCUGAAGAGGAUAAGAAAAUCAUCAGUAGCAUUAGAAAGGCAAAGAAUAGAUCCAAGCGUGCCAGGUCGGAUGCCAUUGAUACUAGUAAAGCCGAUCUUUCAAGCAAAACCGGUCUUUCUGCGUUUGAUAAAACUUUAUAUGAUGAUGAUUCUGAGUCUGAUGAUGAGGAUGAAGAAGUCACCAAGAAAAAAAGCAAGCAUCAUAAAUCCAAAGGUCCAAAUCAACAAUACAUUUCUGAAUCAAAGGAUGCUCCUCUUGACUUGUUAGAUAAAAAGGCUUUAGAGCACAUUUCCACAUCAAGGCCUAAGAAAUUCACAAAGAAGUCUAUGGAAAAACUGGUUGAUUUCAAAACGAAGGACGGCAAGUUGGUCAUCAAAGAACCUUCAGGUAACGAUGAUAUCUUAUCUAAUAAGAAUUCUCUAAAUGCAUAUGUUGAUGCUGUAAGACAAGGACCUGUGAGAGGACAAAAUAACAAAUUGAAGUGGAAGAAGAAUGGUGGUGAUAACAUCGACUGGAAUGACGGAUCUGAUGAUGAGUCUAAGGGUGGAAGGCCACAGAAGAAGGGCAAUUUCAAGAGCAAGGGUGGCAGAGUCGGAAAAGCUCAGCCUAAAUUCAAAUCAAAAAAGAAGUUCUGAGUGAAAGAAUAAAAUUUUUAAAUACUUUAUAAAUUAAAUUCAUAACCAAACUAUACAGACUAUUUAGUAAAGAUAGAAAACUCAACCGAAAAGAUUGAGAUCAUGGGAGGCAGUAGAAUCUCCUUGACCAUAUAAAUCCAGAUCCUCCAUCUCAUCUUCAUACAAUUUGUGAUGCUCAUAAUAGUCGUACGCUGCUAGUCCAGAACUGGCAUGUUUAUCCGCAUCCAAUUUAUUGGUGGUAUUAUUCUUAUCUCCGUGGGUUGUAUUUUCUUCAACCUCUUCAUCACCAUCUUCACCGCUACCAUCGCUUUCACUGCCACUGUCAUUUUCAUCGCCGGUAAGGUAAUCACUUUCAUCGUCACUUUUGUAGUAAGGGAAGGUAUGUAAUAACUUUUCAGGCA